AUGGCGGACAACACUGACUGGACCCGGGUGCUCCAGCUGGUUAACCUGGUAGAAGCUGCACAUCUUGCAGGUUAUCACUGGGCAAGCGACAAAAUUGCUAUGCAUAACAUUCUUCAGCUCCGGGAUAAGGAUACCAUCGUCGAGCACUGGUUUCGCGGGUGGGACUUCGGCCGGAAGUACGGCCCCGCAAUGGUGACGAGCACGGCAGCUGUCUUCGGUUUCCUUGCUUGGAAAAAUGGCGUCAAAAGCCCUGCCUUCCCCUUCAACCUUGCAGCGUCGGUUCUAAUGGGGUUUGUUGCGCCGUACACUCAACUCAGAGUGUUUCCUGUAAAUGAUAAGCUUUUGGCCGAGCACGAGCGCGUAGUUCAGCGGGGAAAGAAGGACGACAAUUUAUUUUCGGGCUCCAGCUACGAGGAUGUCCACCAAUGGGCUGAAGACUGGAAGAGGUUGGACCUACACCGGCAAUUGCUUGCAUGUUCUGCCGUUGUGGCUGGUCUCAUUGCGUUUCUGAGAUCCUAA